AUGCAGCUCGACAAUAGCCGGUACACAGUCCCUAUCACAAAAAGCAUCCUAAAGCACGAUUCUGUGAGGAUUCUGGAAUACCUAUCGCGUGAGAUGAACUUACCAAAGAUCAAAACCCGUCCUUCCCGUGGAAUAUCCCGUGACAUCUGCAGCGGCCUUCUUACCCUAGCCAUCUCAGUCUCUAUUCUAGUAGGUCUUUUUAUUACAGCUGGGGGGCUCGGCGACAGGGUCACAUUGGUGGCCCUGACGAUCAUGGGCCUGUUCUCCAGCGCGGCCAGUGUCGCCGCCUGGUGGGCUCCCAGCUUGGUCCAGCGGAAGGCCAGCUGCACGGUCCCGGACGCCGACCAGCUGAUCAUCACGCGCGGCGCGGCGAUGGUGCUGGUCAAAUGCAACGAGGAGGUAUGCCGGGAGCUGUACGUUGGGCGGGACCAGUGCGCUUUCACCUUUGGAGACAGCUGGCAUCGGAUCCUGCUCGGGGUCAGCACGCUCCUCGUCAUGGUCUCGGUGGUUUUUCAACUGCAGCUGGUGGAUGCAGCUGGCGAUCGGCGCGGGCUACUUCGUGCUGAAUAUCCCAUAUUGGCUGUUGGCGCUGCUGGUCAAGCCGAAGGACAUCAUGCCAACCCCACGAUGGAUAAGAACUACACCCAAACCCUGUGGCUGGCCAUCUGGCACACGCAGACGACUGGCUGGGUGAAAUGGGCCAAUGCGAUGCCGGCCACCGAGAAAUGGGCCAUGUGGCCGAAUUUGGCGAGACAGAAUCUUCAAAACGCAUCCUGAGAUGCGGUCGCGGUCAAAAAUGCCCUGUUUAAUGGUACCCUGUCUGGGUCGGAAAAGUCCGAGGUUCGGUUGAGGCAGUCAU